AUGGAGAUCAGAUCACUGAUUUCCCAGGAAGGAACAAGCCAAAAUGUUUCCACUAAGGACCCAGUGACCAGCCCUGAAAACUCAGAGACAAGAGAAAACUAUCCCACAGAUGAUGUAGAGACUACUGAAGAUCAUAUCAUUGAGGCCCUAGGUACCAAUGAGGACUACACCACUGAACCCCUGGAGACCCUUGAGGACUACACCACUGCAGACCUGGGGCCCACUGAGGACAAUAUCACUGAUGAUCUGGGGACCAUUGAGGAUCACGUCAUUGAGGCGCCAGGCACCACUGAGGACUACACCACUGAACACCUGGAGACCUCUGAGUACUACACCACUACAGACUCAGGGGCCUAUGAUGACUAUACUACUGUAGCCCUGGGGCCUGAGGACUAUACCACAGCAGACCUGGGAACCACCAAAGACUCUUUUGCUGCAGACCUGGGGACCAUUGAGGACUACAUCACUGAUGACCCGAGGACCACUGAGGACUACACCACUGUAGACCUGGGUACCACUGAAGACUCUUUCACUGCAGACCCAGGGACCACCAAGGAUUACACCACUGCAGACCUGGGGCCCACUGAGGACCAUGUCAUUCACGGCCCAGGCACUAUUGAAGACUAUACCACUGAACACUUGGAGACCCCUGAGGACUAUGACACUUCAGACCUGGGGACCACUGAGCACUACACCACUGUAGACCUGGGGACCACAAAGGACUAUCCCACUGAUGACCCAGGGAUCACCAAGGACUAUAUCACUGUAGACCCAGGGACCACCGAGGACUCUUUCACUGCAGACCUGGGGACCACUGAGGACUAUACCAUUUCAGACCUGGGGAUACCUGCAGACUCUCUCAUUGUGGACCUGGGGACCACCAAGUACUACACCACUGAUGACCCAGGGAUCACCAAGGAAUACAUCACUGUAGAACCAGGGACCACCGAGGACUCUUUCACUGCAGACCUGGGGACCACUGAGGACUAUACCACUUCAGAUCUGGGGACAACCACAGACUCUUUCAUUGUGGACCUGGUGACCACCAAGGACUACACCACUGAUGACCCAGGGAUCACCAAGGACUAUAUCAGUGUAGAACCAGGGACCACCAAGGACUCUUUCACUGCAGACCUGGAAACCACCGAGGACCACACCAUUGCUGACAGGGGGACUACCAAAGACUCUUUCACUACAGACCCAGGGACCACUGUGGACUCUUUCACUGCAGACCUGGGGACCACCAAGGGCUAUAUCACUGUAGACCCAGGGACCACCGAGGACUCUUUCACUGCAGACCUGGGGACCACCAAGGACCACACCACUGCUGACCUGAGGACCACUGUGUACUCUUGCACUGCAGACCUGGGGACCACCAAGGACUACACCACUGCAGACCCAGGAACCACAGAGGAUUAUACCACUAAGCAUCUCAACACUCACUCUGAGGGAACAGAUUCAGUAACUGCAGUGAAGCCCACUGGGCUCCUGACGCCCAUUGGAAUCAUCCUCAUUUCUCUGGCUGCCACCACAGCCAUUGUUGCACUCUUUGUUGGACUUGGCUUGAUUGUGGUGAGUAUUUGGCCCAGGAAUGUGAAAGAGAUUAUGGGAAUGAAGGACUCUGAGGAGGAAGAGGGCAUGGGGAGUUGAGGUAUGAGAAAUUGUCAGAGGUGAGGAAACCUAGAGAGUUUUGCAAAGACACACAAAGAGACAGAGAUGGAGCAAGUAGCAUAAAAAAUGUGGAGAGUUGAGGGAAAGAGGAAGGUGUAAGAGACAGAGGGAGAAGGAAAGAGGGAAGGUGAAGAGAGUACAGAGAGAGAGAACGCAGACAAAAAGAGGACCAUAAGAAUCUAUAAUAGAGUAAGACAUGCUGAGAGCUAGAGCAAGGCAUAAACCAUUACGUAAAGAUAAAUGUGAAAAAUGGGAAUUUUCAUAAGAAGACAAAGAAUUGGGAGGUAAGAGGAGAGGAGGAAAUGAAACAUUUUGAAUGGUCCACUCAUGUCAGCAAUGCUACUAUUUUGUAUUAAUUACUAUCCACUCUGAAAUUCUGCCAAAGAUUUUUUAAAACAAGGAUUAGGUAGGCCUUUAUGAGCACAGCUACUCUAUACUGGAGAAACAAUUGGUAACAGCUUUCAAAAGGGAGUUCUAGAUAUUUUUCUGUCUCUGAGAGGCCCUGUUGUUUCUACACGGGGAGAUACAAGGACUCCGUACCAGCUCUGUGGCUUCCUCUUGCUGACUCUUCGUCUAAAACUGAAGCCUUCAACUUCUGGCCUUUGUUAGAUGGGGAAGGGCUGGUCCUUUUUGGCCAUCCUGACCUAAAGAUUACGAGCACAUUGGAAUCUUAGCAAGUGGCAGCUUACGUGAUUGGCCAGCCCAUGCAGGUGAUUAAAGCCUCGUUAAUUCUUGUUGGUCAUUGAUGCCAUUGUGAACUGACCUCUGCCCCAAAAGGCAAACCUACAGCUUGGGAUUGGUUUGUAAGUGUGAUUGAAGCCGAAAGUAAUGCAUUAUUCAGUUGAGGUGUUCACGUUUAAUUCCAUCAAAAUCACACCGUGAAACUAGAGCAUUCUGAAGAAUGAUUGACAAGAGAAAAUGAGAAUGAAAGCCUCCAUGUGGACUUGACACACUCAUGAGUCAUGUUCAAUAUUUGCCAGUACAGGGAGGACCUUCUUGACUUCACUGUUAUCAUGAACAAGUAGAUUUCUGACCACGUGGAUCGCAAUGAAAAGUCAGACACUCUUUCUCCAGGAGGGUGGAUGCUUUCCUCCCUCCAAACCAGGCCUCUAAGUGCCGCUGGUACAGAGCGGCCACUAGCAAUGGCACCUUCUUAACCUCUUGUAGAGACUAAAAACGAGAGAUGGUUCAAAAGGCUCAGGGUACAGGAAAUAAGAGGAAAGUUUGUGUUCCCAAACUUGCUAAAUUUUUAACUUUUUGACAUUUAACCAAAAAAGUUUUAAAAAUAAGGAUUAUCUAUACUUCAAUCCAUCCCUCUAACUCCGUAUAUCAAAAUAGCUUUUUUGCCCCUACACGACUUCAACAUUUUUGGAAAUUGUGUCUCUAGUGGCAUCAGGAUCUGAAGAAAAUGGGGACAUAGGAAGGAGUCACAGAGAUGGGGAGAUGAGCUGGAUAGAUCUUGAUAAAUCACAAACCACCAGGGUUAAGAGAGGAACUGAGUCUUAAAAUAAACCACUGUCUUCCUCCCUAGAAAAAUUGCUUCCUGAGUCCAUUCAAUCCAUCCACCAGGGUUAUUUAUCAUCCCCACGCCAUGGAUUGGAGUGCGCCAUAAAGAGGAUCCUGGCAGUGACUGCAGUUGGUUCUAGAGCAAACCAGCCACCCAUCAGCCUCUGCAGGACCAUGAAGCAUGAUGAGCAUCCCCAGGCUUCCGCUUCCUUCCCCCAGUCUGGAGCCCUAGGACCACCAGAUGAGAAAGGUAGCUGGCCCUGGGAGUAAGCAUGUCAGGGACGCUCAGAAGGAUGCCUGCUCUGAGUAUCUCCUAACUCCGUCUGGCUGUGCUUACUUCCUCAGGAAAAUUGCCUCUACCUAUCUACCAGAUGUGGCCAUGAAAACUAUUUGGAGGAGAUACACACAUCUGAGAUAUAAGAGAUAUUCAUUAAGUCUGAUCAAAGAAAUAAAGCAAAUGUUUGUCUCUUUCUUUCUAGGUUGCAUAGCUAAAUUCAUUCACUUAAGAAAAUAGUUAAGUGCCUAGCAUGGGCCAAACACGCUAUGCCUUUCUGUGUGCCCAUCUCAGUCUGUCUAGCUGAAGGAUACACCCCCUGAUCUCUCAAGAGCGCCACACCCAAGUCCUCCCAACACCCAGGGCAAAGGACCAUGUCUACAGGAUGUACCCAACUGGUCACUCAAUAAGUACCUAUUGAGCACCCACCGUGGGGACAGACCACCAGAGCAAACAACUGAGUCUCAUCUCAAUCAUGCUGUGAAAUGAGAGACACAAGUCCUGAUCUGGCCUCUGACUAGGAGAAUAUCUCUGCCUCAGUGAGUCAAAGAGGGAGAAAUAUCUUUCAUGAAAAGUCCUAUAAAUGAUGCUUAAGAUGGUCAAGACCACAGACAAAGGCAGGAUAUGGAACAUAACAGCUCCAUGAGCUGUUCAGGACAAAGAGCUCAGAGUAAAGAUAUUCGAAGACAGUUGAUUAUUGGUCACCCUCCCAGCCACUAUUACCAGCAUCACCACCAUCAUUUAAUAAUGGAAUUAUAGUAUUGUGGUAUAGAAUCAGAAACACAGAAUAAUAAAUUCAAAUAUUAGAAUCCUGUUUAUCUGUUUCCAAAAUUUACAUUACACCUGUUAUCAUUCAAGUGUCGUGACUACAAGUUGAAUAAAACUCAAAUUGCUUACUAAAUAAUGCUCAAGAAAGAUGAGGACACUGAUCACUUUUAGUGAUAUGUUUGGCCUAUCAGUGCACUGGGGCACCUAGAAGCUAAAAACACUCAGAGAUGCAUCACUAUUAUUAUUGUUAUAUUACCUAGAAAUGUGUGAACCAGCAAAUGAAGUAUAGACUCCUUAUGCUUAUAGUCCUACUGUUCCAAUAAAGUUAGACACAACAGCAGUCAUUUAAUGUGAUGCGUGAUAUUCUUUUGCUGAAAAAUUCUUUGCUCCCAACAUUAAUGUGGUCCUGAUUCCUACAGCAUAGGCAAACAAAUCCCCCUUGCUGUGUGAUGUCUCCAUUCUUUCAUGGAAUUCCCUGUACAAACUGUCUAGAGACCUUCAGUCUCUGAGUGAACUGUGAGAUUAUCUGGCCUUCACUUAAGGUAAAGGCACCAUUUAAAUUUUAAGACAGUCCCUGUUCUACUCUUGUCAGCCUGCGACAAUUCUAACGAUUAGUCAUUCCUAUUAGUUUUAUGUUGGUUUUAUACUGGUCAUCAACAGGAUCCAGAAAAAUGCUUAUAUUACUGGGAUUUUAAAGAUUAUCAUCUAAAGAAUAUGCAUGUGGCAAAAACAGCUAGUUUCUAUCCAAAAUUCAUUCUCCCCUUCUUCCAUACUUGGGGUACCCAAGUUUUGUGUGGGGUGGCAAUGUGCCCAGCUGAAAACACCCAAUUUCUGAGCCAGGUGUGGUGAUGAGGUACGGUUCUGGCCAAUGAGAUGGAGACAGAAGUCUGUGGAGAUGGUGUCCCUUCCAAAAUGAAAAGACAGAGGCCCAUCAGGAGAAAGCCCUUCACCCCUUCACUCUUCGCUCUGCUUCCCACAUGGAAUGUAGGUACGAGACCUGGAGGUGCAGCAAGCUGAGCUGAGACCACGAGGAGACAAACAGGGAGGUGAAGGCCAUCAGGCUGAGAGUGGAGCAGAUGAAAGGAAUCACCUGGGUCCCUGAUGGCAUUGCUGUGCCCUGGCUGCUGCUCCCAGACCUUUUGUAUGUAUAUGAGACUAGUAUGCCGCAGCUCGGUUAGGUGACCUUCUAUAAUACCAGCCGAAUAAGAGCCUAACUGAUAUGACAUGCUUUUAAAAUAUCGUAUGGACAUGAUGGACGAUCAAGAAUACAUCUGUAGACACGAUUUGAAGAAACAUUGUACUGGGUCCUUUUCAAUGCUAAGAGUUUAAGAACAUGUGACCUACACUUAGUGGGAAGUGGAAGAAGAAUAAUAAAAUGCCCUCCCUUGGAGGCAGUAGAUGGCAAAGGAAGAGUCUGUGACUUAAGAUACUGUGUGCAGCAAGAAUACCAGUUUAUGGCAGGAGAGAAGAGUGACAGAAAAGUCUCUUAGUUAACAUACAGUCAAGAAAAGUCAGGUCUAUCUCUAUAACACUUACCCCCUGCAGUUCAGUCUGGGGUUGGGAGGUGGGCAUUCACUAAAGGGCAUUGGCAAGCAGGAGGAAUUCCAGAGUCUGCCUUGGCCUCCCGGGGCACAGCACCUUUGCAGUCUCAGCACAUGCUUGGUUUGUGCAAUAGCAUAAUAGCUAGAGCUAAAAGUUCCAGCUGAGGAAGUUUGUAUAGUUGAGUUUCUGCACCUCAAGGAUAACUUCAAGCAAUUGCAAAGACCAUGAAAUCUCUGUAAAUAGCAUAACCCAUGUGAUUCAGCCUAGAAACUUUAGCAUGCAAGAAAUAUCCCCAAAACUUUUUUUUUUUAAAGAUUUUAUUUUUUUCCUUUUUC